AUGUCCUCCCCUUCUCCCUCGGUCAGCACCCUCUCCGAUAACGUCGUCGUCGUCCGCUCUGGGAGGCGCCCCGACAAAGGAAUCCUGGUCUUCUAUGUGGCGGAUUACCGACUAGGCUCUCGUGGAGGGGUCGUAACUAUUGGCGGUGCUCGUAUCAUGAGACCUGGACACCUCGUCCUCAUCCCUCUCCCUGGUGGUCGUUAUGCCUUCUUCUGCUGCGGGCCCGGUGAGGUGCGAGGAACGCCGAUCGGCUCAUGGAACGUUCAGAUCGUUGUCCGAGAGCCCACAUUGACCGUUUAUUGGUAUGAUGACGUGGCGGACAGGGUCUACUCGGUGACCAUGUACGAUGAUGAGAGUUUCCGUACUCUUGUGUGCCACUGCUUCGGAGGCAGUGGCGACGGCGCCAUCUCGCAGGGCGUUCGCUCGCAGGGCAUUGUUAGCUCGCAGAGCACCAGGCCGUCCUGGCGCCACGCCUGUGGCCUCAUCGUUUUAUAUCUCGUUGCUCUUUAUCUCUUCUACAAAGCUACUGCUGGCUAUGUCUCGUUCACGAAGUACAUGUAG